AAUUUGUGUAAAUUGUGUUACAACGCCCAUAAAACAAAAUAACUAUCAAUAAGUCGCGUGAGCAGCAUCAGCAAAUGCCACUGGACGGGCCGUAGGAGUGGCGGGGCAGAACAUGAUUGUUUGGAAAUUUCGUUUUUGUUGCUUUUUGUUCUAUGAUUGUGUCUGCCUUGGUGUGUGAGUGUGGGUGCGUGCGAGUAGUCAAACAAAAGUAUUAAGCAAAAGUUACAUAUUUUGCAAAACGUUAAUUUCGCCUCGUUUCGAAAGGCAAAUCGCCCCCGCUCUUGCACCAGAGCUCGGUCAAGUUGCAACCUACGCAAAAUGAAAAUCAGAAACAAAAAGAAAAACAGUACAAGAAAAGGCGAUGCUGCAGCAAACAAUUAAAUUAACCAUUGAUGGAAAAUCUGUAAAAAUAUGUAGCUAUAGUGCAAUAUUUUUGCAUGAAUUGUAUAAACCUCAACUAAACAGUUCUAACAAGAAGUGUGCCAAAAUCUAAACGAAAAAAGUUAAAGAAAAAUAGAACAACUGAUUGCAAAAACCCCAAUAGGAGACGAAGUGCUCCCCGUUUUUCCCCAUCCCGUUUGCCGUGGCUGCUGUUGUUUUUGGUUUUCUUUUAUUUUUGGAAGUUUGUGCAGCAGCAGCUCUGAAUGUCUUUAUGCUUUAAUCAUGGUGUAUUUUGCCACCAACAACAACAACACCAACACAAUACGCUGCUAUAUUAAAAUCUUUCUGAUUACGAACCAUGACAGAAGGACAUGAAAGCGAAUUCUUAGUUACAGUACGCGCACAGGUAAUGACCAGAGACGAGAGUACCGAGGGCUGGCUACCGCUGGCCGGGGGUGGUCUGGCCAAUGUGUCCAUACGGAAACGGGCUAGACUAUCCCCACUGGCAUCGGGUCAUGACUACAUCAUCUAUGGGCAGAGGAUCUCCGAUCAAAGUGUCAUCUUGAGCUGUAUCAUCAAUCGUGAUCUAAAGUAUUACAAAGUAAUGCCAACAUUUCAUCAUUGGCGCGCCGGCAAGCAGCGCAACGGCCUUACAUUUCAAACGGCCGCCGAUGCGCGAGCCUUUGAUAAGGGUGUGCUGCGCGCCUAUAAUGAACUAAUUGAUGGACUGGCCAAAUCGAAUCCCACUAUUAUAUGCCCACCAUUGACCAAAUAUGAUUCGGUUGGUGAAGAUGAUGUAUUCAUGACCCUGGACUUACCUGUGGAGAGCGAGAGUUUACAAAAGAUACAUUCAAGCCCCGAGGGCAGCGAGAAAAGUCACAAGAGCAAGGACAGCUACAGCAACAAUUCCGAUUCGGAGAAGCUGCCAGCGGCACCAAUCCACUACAUAUCCACGGACAAGACAUCAACCACAACCACGACCCAGGAUGGACCACCGUCGUCUGCUGCACCGGCACCGGGCGCCGCCCAGAUUGCGGCCAGCGAGAAUUACUCGUAUGUGACGCUGACAGCGGUCCACCACGACUACAACUAUCCAGUGGUGGACCAGCCAGUGGGGGCACAGGUGCUCAAUGCACGCCGCGAGUCGAUCAGUGCACUGAAAAAGCGCAACGCGUUGGAGGCGGCCCAGGCAAUGGCGGCAGCCCAAACUGUAGGCACAGGCGGGGGCGGGAAGUCGCUGCAGAAGCAAAACGUAUCGGAAAUACUCAAGAAGGAGACGCGCUUGCGGUGUCGCUACUGUCACGAGCUGUACAGCGAAGAGUUCAAUCGGCGCGGGGCCUGCGAAUAUGCCCCGGACACCUUUCGCGCCGGCUACGAGUGCAUCUCGGGCAUGGGCUGUGCCAGGUGCAUGAUCUAUCACUGCAUGAGCGAUGCCGAGGGCGAGACGGCCCAGCAUCCGUGCGAAUGCAACGCCACCGAGGCCGGUUGCACCAAGCGCUGGCUGGGCCUGGCGGUGCUCUCUCUGUUCGUGCCCUGCCUCUGGUGUUAUCCGCCGCUGCGAGCCUGCCACUGGAUGGGCAUCCAGUGCGGUCUCUGCGGCGCCCAGCACAAACCGCAUGUCUGACACUUGGAGGCCAGAUUGCAGGGACAGUAUGAUGACGACCCCAGGCCCAGAAGUGAACUCCAGCACAAAAACCAGCAGCCGAACCACGCAAACCAAAGCAAAAACCAGCUAAACAACCAGCAGCACCACCACCGCUGUCAGACAGACGAGCAGACCAGAGACACCAAAAGUCAGACGCUGUGGCGCCCCAGGCCGCGCCAGUCCCAGCCCCAGGCGCACCCUCAAUCGCAGCGCCACUUUUACAACUGGGAACUGUCGCACAGCCUGGGUGCCCCACAGCAGGAGCAGCAGCCGGCGUACCUGAUGCAGCCGCGUACCAGCAAGGCGGCCCAAAACGACUACGGCCGCCUGCUGUUCUAAAUGAGAAGUAUCGCUUUUUGUGCGAUUUUGGGAGUUGCGAAUCUGGCGAAUCCCUGUAUACACUGUACUCCAUUUGAUUUGCCAUAAUUUAUUGUACAUACAAUAGCAAGCGAAUUGACGCAUGUAUUUUAUAUAUUAUAUAUAUUUUGUAAUUGUAAUUGUAAUUGUAAUUUAUUAUUAGUGCGCUCUCGCUUAAUUAUACUUUUGUAAAAACGGGCUAUUCUUUUUAAUUUACUUUAAU